GUCAUACUGUUUUGAUUUCUCAAAUCCAAUUUUGACAGUUCGGUCGUGAAAGAAUAUUUAAUCAGAAAUAUGAAAAUUUCUUAAAAUUACAGUUUUGCCGACUCAUUAUUCGAAUGCCAUAUCUUCGGCAACCUACAAAAUAACCUCACAAAAUGUUGCCCUAACCGUGCAAGAUAGACUAUUUCGUCAUACUUUGCAAUACGUCACAGAUACAACUUCCACAGCUGAUUGUGUAUAAAAUUAUGAGUUUCCGUGUGCAAGGCCAGUAUUCAGUCGUUCACAGUCGCCGAUAGCGGUCGACUGCGCAUUCGGAUUACAAAAAUAUUGAACUUAGAGUAUUUUUUGUGUGUGUGAUAUUGGCCGGUAACCUUGGCUGUGUGCGAGGCCGCGAGUACCUACCUAAUACAAAUAAAAAAGUUAAUCUAGUUGGUCACGAUGUUGAAGAGUGCGUCUAAAGUGACAAUAAAUACCGGCAACGUGCUGAACUUGAUCGACAUCAAGAAGAAGGCUGGCCAGAAUGUGACCGAGGAGCUUUCAGAGAGCAUCAAACUGACUCUAUCGGAAUGGGGUACACAAAAUGGCGUCCCCGUUCAAAACGGCGUCGGUCCGCCUCCAGGAGGUAAUCCACAGACCUCACAGCGCCACUCCGACUACAAAGUGAUGACGGCAUCCGCCGCAGCCGGCUCUGAAGCGGUGAUCAACAUCACGAGACCUCACGAUGACGUACAAAUCAAAAUGGCGGAGGAAGAACGCAAGAAUUUGAAGAUUGGAGUCAAGAUUUUUAUCAAUGAGGACAGUACGACGGCCUUGACUGAAUGCUUGGAGAAUGUGUUCACCGCGUUGCACACAGCUUACAUAGACAACGUGAUCCUGGCAUACAACCCCGACUUGUUGCACCGAGAGGAGGCCACCGACGACAACACUUUGAAGAGCACGUACACCACCAAAGCAUCCCCUAUUUCCAUGGGCAGUAAUGUGCGCAUGUCCAGCACGGAGGUAGAGGCGGACAAUGAGGCGGACGCGCGCAAGUGCGAGGCCAUCCUGCCUGGUAUCAAGAUCCUCUGGGCUGUGCUCGAAGAUUUCGUCAAAGAAGGUCGCGUCCAACAGCUAGGAGUAGCGGACGUGGGCGGUGGAUGCCUGCGCAAGCUGCACGCGUGGGCGCGCGUCCGUCCGUCCAUCGCGCAGAUCAACCUCGCGUCGUGCUGCGUCGUGCCGCCCUCGCUGCACGCCUUCUGUCGCGCCAACGACGUGCAGCUGCUUACACACGCUGAUCCUCCAGACCUACUCUCAAUCGCCGCAGUAAAGACCCUUUCGGACGCGGGCGUCGGCUGCGACAACUUGGAUUGGUGCGCUCGCUACCAAGUUCACAUCAAGUGCAGGGGAGUCCUCGCCCUAAAGGGAUACGUCUGUAAGGCCACGCUCGACAACAAGUCAGAUAAACUAGAAAAACUACAGAAGAUAUAAUAUCUAUCGCGGGAUUAUCGCGUUUAUAGUAAGGUAUUUAAGCAUUUUAUUCUUGACAAAAGUUGCGCUUAAGUUGCGCUAACUUUGCGCAACGGGUUUGCGCUAACUUUGCGCAACGGGUUUGCGCAAAGUGUACCGUUUAUAGUUAGAUUCAGCUAAGUGUUAGUUUAAAAUGGUAUUUUAAAAUUAGCAUUAUUAUUCAAGUUGAUAUAACAGUUGAACAUUUUCUUUUGAAACCCACAAAUUCAACAAUAGCGCAAAAUUUUUAACAAUAGCGCAAGUCUAUAUUAACACUGAACUUGGAUUAAAAAAACAACUUCUUUUUAGCUGAAUUUAUUUUGUUCAGUAAGCAUCAAAUAACACUGAUGUUCUUUCAAAUUAAAUGAGCGAAAUGCAAAUAGGAAAGUGCAAUGACGAGUGAAAGAGACAACAAUAUGAAUGUAUUUUAGAACUGCAGUGCUAUUUGAAGCGUUCUGUACUUUAGUGCAAGCUUUUGUCAAAAAUUUCGAUUAAUUAUUUAAUUUAGUCAGUAUUGACACUAUUAAAUGCGAGGUAAUUUUUAUAAUGUGUUUCUAAAAUAAUAAGUAACUUGUGAUUAUAAUUAUAUUUUUCAAUCAGAAUAUUGCGUAAAACGAUUGCAGCUCCACACAUCGGAUACAUAAGUGAAUCAUAACUACCCAAAUAGUUAAUCUUGUUUAGAUUUUCAUUAUACUUAGACAACGUCGUUUAACCCCUUGUCUGUCGGUAUAUAAGACAUAAUAGAAAACACAUGAUGUCUCGCGUAGAUCUGCGUUUCAUGCCACGUGUUAUAUCGAAAUAACUUGUUUCAAAGGCAAGUGGUAAGAGGUAGCGAAAUUAUAAUAUUAUUCACGAGUUAGUUUCAAGCCUUAAGUUGCUUAUUAUUUUAGAAACACAAGUUAACCAGUGCAUUUAAGACAUGUAUAGCGUAAAUUGUGAUAUAGUACCAUAUACUUAACAUGUAAACACUUAUUCUAUGUACUUAUAAUUGUUACUUAACUUCAUAAAAGCUCUGUUUUCAUUAUCACACCAUGGUCGCACGAUUAGUUAACCCAACUAUAGUGUCUACAGAGAGAUGGAAGGACAAAUACUAGGGUUUAUAUGGUUGCCGACAACCAGAUAGUUGCGCAACCAAGUUUAUAAUAUUACUUAUACCUAUAUUUAUUAAUGGUAUUGUACACCACAUAAACAUAUAGGACUAAUGUCUUAUCGGACUUCGGACUAAUGCCCUAUGUAUAUAAAUAUAUCUGGCAUGUACCAUGGCUAGAUUUUUUAUGGUGAGGGGAAGUUUGCGUGUUGUGUAUUUUCACAUUAACUCUCAAUACAAAUACCUUUUAUUUUAUUCUUACGUUGACUUACACCUUAUUAUUACAUUAUUAAAACUAAAUUAUGACCUCAAAUUAUAGCUUUAAGGUAAUGUGAAAAUACACAAUGCGCCAAUUUUCCUCUACAAUAAUAAUUUUGGCCAUGGUUGGUUCGUGCUAGGAACAUAUACUAGAUGAUAUACCUUUCAUAUACAUUUCAUAUUAUAUUGGUUGCGUGCCCUGAUCGUACUACUAUGGUGUCCUAAUGAAAUAGGGAUCUAAAAUGACCCUUUUUAUCCAACCAUUUCUUAAGUAAAAGUUGUUUAGCGUGUCUAAACACCUAAACUAGCCUCUUACUUGUAGGUGUCACCUAUCUUAGUUUAGGAGUUCCUUAAAACUUAGGAGAGGUCGGAUAAAACGGGCAUAUGACACUGAUUAGUAUGUUAUUAUGAUCAAAUUUAAAUAGAAAAUUAAAUUCGAAAUACAGAAUCGGUUAAUAGUGAUGUCAGGUUUAUCGAUAUGCAAUAUCGAUUACAUGGUUUUAAGAAUCGAGUUUAUUCGAUUCGAUUUAAAUAAAAAUUGGAUUAAUUCAGUGUCAGAAUUUUUCUUAUACUUGGUGUACAACUGUACAAGAUAGGUUUAUGGUGUUUGAAAUAUACGAUUAAUUUAGUUAUCGAUUACUUAUUAUAGAUGUCGACUUGUAUAAAGUAUCUUGAUUAGGAAAUGAGUUUGGUUUACGAAAGUGAAAUGAAAAAACGGGAAUAUAUUUAUAAUGAAAUGAACAAGUAUGGCUCUUUGAAUGUUUGCAAUUGGCAAGUUGACAUCUAUAAAUGAAAUAGUUACCUAAUAAAAUUAUUGUUUAUUACAAUAGUUUGGUAAUAGCGAAUUUGUGAUAAGUUUUUAUUACAUUAUUUUAAGGAAGGUUUUGUUAAGCGCCUGUCUUUAUUUGCUGAGCAACGUUGAUUAGAAGUGAGAGUGCAUUUUGUAGCAGCCAAGUUUUGCUCAGGCGCUUAUUUGCUUGCUUAUUAAAUUAUAGUUCUAGAAUGAUAGUAUUUCGAUGCAGUUAACCAUUAUUUUUAAAUGAUACUUAAUUCAUUUUCCACAGAUUUUUGUGUAUUCAACGAAUUAUUUAGCUGAGUGUGUACUUUGGAUUUGUAAUCUCAUUUAUUUACGCUUUGGUUACUUAAUUUCAAAUUUAUUUGACAUAAUUAUGUCAUAAUUAAAAAAAAAUUUUAUCUUGGUACAAGAAAUUACUGAAAUACUGCCAGAAAGUACAUUAUAAAAGCAAUUAAUAGUGUUUAAUAAAUUUUGAUUUAUCGACAUUCCUUUAUACGCGUGCGCGAUGUCCCAAGUAGUCUUCUAACACAAAUUAUUAUGAUGAACUCAAAAUUAUAGCUUUACUAAUCUAUCUGUUCAAAUAUAUAGAAACUAUUAUCUUAAUCAAAUAUUUGAAUAUUAUAUCGAUCUCAUUGAACAAUCGAUUUCGGAUUUUAUUUGUAAGUCAAAUGAAUAGAUCAAAAUUUACUUACAAACCUGUUUACAUAGCGCUUAGUACGAGUUUGUUUUACAUUGUACGAGAUCGAAACGUUACCGCAUUUAGCGCUCUGAUUGGCCUUCUCCAAUGAAGCAACCAUUCAGUAGGCUAAACGCGGUAACUCGUACUAGGCCCUCAGGUGUGACAUGAAAAUAUGCUGAAACGUAAACAUUAUAAUUCCUAAAGACCUAUAAACAAGCAUGUUAAAAAAAUCUUUAUUAUAACUUCAAUAGACCUUCACUAGAUGGCGUUAGCAGUAUGAUCAACAACGUUGCAAUAAUAAUUUGGUUGCCAUAUAAGAAAAAGAGUUUGAUUCGGUUUUUUUAUGUGAACAGUUAAAUUAGUUAAACUAUAAUUUUGUUUUUUUUUGUUCAUCAGACAAUGUUACACACACAAAAAAUACUAAAUGUUAAAUGUUAUUACUUAAAAUCGUAUUUUAAUAUACAUACGAUACAUAGGUGCCUCAUAUUUAAAAAAUAUAUUAAGAUUAUUAUUCUUAUGACUUAAAAAUGCUUAAAAAAGUGUAAAAAUGUUUAUAACUAUAAAAAAUACAUUCAAAAAUGUAUAAUGUAAGAUGAAACCCGAAUUGUUUUAAAAUUAAAGUAUUUAUUGAAUAA